UCGCGUCAUGGCGGAGACCGGCUGGUGUAGGAUUCACAGCUGAAAUAUGCCUGCUAUCCCAUCUGUUUCCCGGCUCAUGGAAUACAAAACACUGCCUAGCGUCUAAACCCAAGGCACUCUUGACCGUGGAGGGGAAAACUCAGAAACCCAUCUCUUCAGAAUAAAGUCUAAAGAGUGUUUGUGUGGAGUCCCCGAGCGACAGCGGCUAUCGGCAGAAAGAGCCCAAAGCAGCGCAGGGCAGACAGGUGAGCUGCUCUGAAGUGGCGCACACAGACUGCAAGGAUCUCAUCAGGGACUAAUCUGUAAUAUUUGAUUGCGAUGGAUGGACGCAGUGAGGAUGAAAGUGUCAGCAACAGCAGCGGAGAGUCCAGUAAUUCAGAUGAUGAGUCUGGGUCAGGAUCGGGUUCUGGCUCCGGCUCGAGUUCAAGCAGCAGCAGUUCUAGCAGUAGCCACUCAGGGAGCAGUGACUCAGGAAGCGGCUCGGAUUCUGGAAGCCACUCGGACUCGGAGAAAUCCAAGGAAAAGAAUGAUCAAGACAACAAAAUCGAUGGAGCAGCGUUUUGGAAAUCCAAUCCCAGUAUCCUGACAGUGCAAAGGUCAGCCAUGCUCAGGAAACAACAGCUUCAACAGCAGCAGCAGCAGAGCUCCUCAAACACUGGCUCAGACGAGGACUCUUCCAGUAGUGAUGAGUCGGAUGAUGACUCAAAGAGCAGGAGUAAAGGGUCUGGUUCAGACUCGGACUCGGGCUCUGGUUCAGGAAGUGGCUCGUCUGACUCUUCAGCAGAGGAGAAAGGGAACAGUGACGAGUCCGUGUCAGACUAUGAGCCCAGUCACAAAGUCAAGAGCAGAAAACCUUCAAACAAGGCCAAUGCCAGGAAUGGGAAAAAUAGCAAAGCUCCCAAGAAGAAGCCCUCCCGCUCCUCCUCAGAUGAAGAGGACGAUUAUAAAAAAGCUCUAGCGGGACCUCGGCGGCAGGCCACAGUCAAUGUGAGCUACAAAGAAGAUGAGGAACUGAAGACUGAUUCAGAUGACCUGGUGGAGGUGUGUGGAGAGGACGUCCCACCGCCGGAGGAGGACGAGUUUGAGACACUGGAGAGAGUUAUGGAAGUGAGGAUAGGCCGGAAAGGAGCAACUGGGGCCGUAACCACGGUGUAUGCAGUAGAAGCAGAUGGAGACCCCAACGCCAACUUUGACCCCAGCAGACAGCCAGGAGAGGUGCAAUACUUGAUGAAGUGGAAGAACUGGUCCCACAUUCACAACACCUGGGAGACAGAGGAGACGCUCAAACAACAGAACGUGAAGGGCAUGAAGAAACUGGACAACUUCAAGAAAAAAGAUCAGGAGAAAAAGAAAUGGCUCAAAGCUGCCUCGCCUGAGGAUGUGGAGUACUUCAACUGUCAGCAGGCGGCCAAUGCCAGGAAUGGGAAAAAUAGCAAAGCUCCCAAGAAGAAGCCCUCCCGCUCGUCCUCAGAUGAAGAGGACGAUUAUAAAAAAGCUCUAGCAGGACCUCGGCGGCAGGCCACAGUCAAUGUGAGCUACAAAGAAGAUGAGGAACUGAAGACUGAUUCAGAUGACCUGGUGGAGGUGUGUGGAGAGGACGUCCCACCGCCGGAGGAGGACGAGUUUGAGACACUGGAGAGAGUUAUGGAAGUGAGGAUAGGCCGGAAAGGAGCAACUGGGGCCGUAACCACGGUGUAUGCAGUAGAAGCAGAUGGAGACCCCAACGCCAACUUUGACCCCAGCAGACAGCCAGGAGAGGUGCAAUACUUGAUGAAGUGGAAGAACUGGUCCCACAUUCACAACAGCCAAUCUGUUUGUUGUCAGAUCCGGACACAUGAAUGGAUGCAUCCGCAGACCAAACGACUGAAGUUCAACGUUCUGCUUACUACAUAUGAAAUUCUGCUGAAGGAUAAGUCCUUUUUAGGAAACGUGAGCUGGGCGUUCAUUGGUGUAGACGAGGCCCAUCGGCUGAAGAACGACGACUCGCUCCUCUACAAGACUAUGAUUGAGUUCAAGUCCAACCACAGGCUCCUGAUCACAGGCACACCCCUCCAGAACUCACUCAAAGAGCUCUGGUCUCUACUACAUUUUAUUAUGCCUGAAAAAUUUCACUCGUGGGAGCUGUUUGAAGAGGAACAUGGCAAAGGCAGAGACUCUGGCUAUACCAGCCUUCAUAAGGAGCUAGAGCCCUUCCUGCUGCGCAGAGUGAAGAAGGAUGUGGAGAAAUCUCUGCCUGCCAAGGUGGAGCAGAUCCUCAGGGUGGAGAUGAGCGCUGUUCAGAAACAAUACUACAAGUGGAUAUUGACGAGAAACUAUAAAGCCCUGAGUAAAGGCACUAAAGGAAGCAAGUCAGGCUUCCUCAACGUCAUGAUGGAGUUGAAGAAAUGCUGUAACCACUGCUACCUCAUCAAAUCGCCUGAGGACAACGAGUUCUACAACAGACAAGAAGGCCUACAGCACCUUAUUCGCAGCAGUGGGAAGCUGAUUCUUCUGGAUAAACUGCUGGUUCGGCUGAAGGAACGAGGGCACCGUGUGCUUAUCUUCUCCCAGAUGGUUCGGAUGCUGGACAUCCUAGCGGAGUACCUGAAGUACCGGCAGUUCUUAUUCCAGAGACUGGAUGGUUCCAUAAAGGGUGAGAUGAGGAAGCAGGCGUUAGAUCAUUUCAAUGCAGAGGGCUCUGAGGAUUUCUGCUUCCUGUUGUCCACGCGAGCAGGUGGUCUGGGCAUUAACCUGGCCUCUGCAGAUACAGUGGUCAUUUUUGACUCCGACUGGAACCCUCAGAAUGACCUGCAGGCCCAGGCCAGAGCGCACAGGAUUGGUCAGAAAAAACAGGUGAAUAUAUACCGUCUGGUGACAAAGGGCUCGGUUGAGGAGGAAAUUAUUGAGAGAGCCAAGAAGAAAAUGGUGUUGGACCACCUAGUAAUUCAGAGGAUGGACACCACGGGGAAGACUGUGCUUGACACGGGUGCUGCUCCUUCAAGUUCCACUCCAUUCAACAAGGAGGAACUGUCAGCCAUCCUGAAGUUCGGUGCUGAAGAACUUUUCAAAGAGUCGGAGGGAGAGGAGCAGGAGCCUCAGGAGAUGGACAUUGAUGAAAUCCUGAAGAGAGCAGAGACCAGAGAGAACGACCCUGGACCAUCGACUGUAGGAGAGGAGCUCCUCUCUCAAUUUAAGGUAGCAAAUUUCUCCAUGAUGGAGGAGGAGGAGAUUGACAUGGACACCGAGAGGGAUGGUAGACAUGAUAUGAACUGGGAUGACAUUAUCCCAGAGGAGCAGCGGAGGAGACUCGAGGAAGAGGAGCGACAAAAAGAGCUAGCAGAGAUCUAUUUACUGCCCCGCAUGAGGAAGUGUGCUAAACAGAUCAACUUUAAUGGAAAUGAGGGCAGGCGUAGCAGGAACAGACGAUACUCUGGUUCAGACAGCGAUUCGGUCUCCGACAGAAAGAGGCCCAAGAAACGAGGAAGACCUCGAACUAUUCCAAGAGAGAACAUUAAGGGUUUCACUGAUGCUGAGAUACGCAGGUUUAUUAAAAGUUAUAAAAAGUUUGGUGGCCCUUUAGAAAGGCUUGACGCUAUCGCUCGCGAUGCUGAGCUGGUGGAUAAAUCAGAGCAUGAUCUGCGGCGGCUGGCUGAGACCGUACACAACGGCUGUUUGAAAACGCUAAGAGAGAACCCCUGUGGACCCGAACGAAGCUCAGGAGGCAGGCGAGGGAAGGUGAAAGGACCCACCUUCAGGAUCUCAGGGGUUCAGGUCAAUGCUAAGCUGGUGAUCUCUCAUGAGGAGGAACUGGCACCAUUACACAAGGCCAUUCCCGCUGACCCUGAGGAGAGGAAGAGGUAUAUAAUCCCAUGCCACUCAAAGGCAGCUCAUUUUGACAUUGAGUGGGGUAAAGAGGACGACUCCAGCCUGCUUAUUGGGAUUUAUGAGUACGGUUAUGGCAGCUGGGAGAUGAUCAAGAUGGACCCAGACCUCAACCUCACACAUAAGCUCCUUCCUGAUGACCCUGACAAGAAGCCACAGGCCAAGCAGUUGCAGACACGAGCUGACUACCUCAUCAAAUUACUGAGCAAAGACCUCGCCAAGAAGGAAGCACAGAAACAAGCCGGCACAGCAAAUUCACGCAAGAGAAAACCACGGGGCAAGAAGAAUAAAGCGGUAAAGCCGAAGAUGGAUGACGUGACGAACAGUCUGUCCUCUGCACCGCCAUCAGAUAAGAGCUCUGAAGAAGAGGAAGAGAAGGAGGAAGAGGAAAAGGAAACUCCUCCAGCUAAGCCAGCCAACAGAAGAGCAUGUGUGUCAGAGCGGCCGGUAAAGGAGGAUGAGGAUGAAGAGUCUGAUGAGGACGAGCCCGAGGAUAAAGAGCCUGAAGAGAAGGACAUAAUGGAGAAAGUGGUCAAAAAAGAGAUUAAGAAGGAGAAGAAAGAGGAGGGUCGGGACAGCAAAGAGAGGGAACCAAAAGAGAAGGAGAUGAAAUCCGAGCCUGAAGAAGAGGCUCCUGCAGAGAAGGCUGUAGAGGUGAAAGCAGAAGUGCGGGAGAAGAAAGCUGACACCCCUGUGCACACGCCCUCAGGAGGAGAUGCACUUCCCCUGUCUGACGAGUCUGAAGAACUGGACCAGAAAACAUUCAGCGUGUGUAAGGAGCGCAUGCGGCCGGUGAAGGCAGCACUCAAGCAGCUGGAUCGUCCAGAGAAGGGUCUGUCUGAGCGCGAGCAGCUGGAGCACACGCGCCAGUGCCUGAUCAAAAUAGGAGAUCACAUCACCGAGUGUCUGAGAGAAUACACCAACCCCGAACAGAUCAAACAGUGGAGGAAAAAUCUGUGGAUAUUUGUUUCGAAAUUCACGGAAUUUGAUGCAAGGAAACUGCAUAAACUGUAUAAACACGCCAUCAAGAAAAGACAAGAAAAUGCUCAGGCAGUGGAGCAGAACACUAGCUCUGUAAAUACACAAAGCUUUAAACAUGCAGAUGUUGAGCGGAUAAAGGAGUCCCAGCAGGACGACAGCAGCAGAGACAGCUACAGCUCUGACAGACAUCACUCAUCUCGCUACCAUGAACACAGCAAAGAUCGGCACGCUGGCGACUCGUACAGGAAGAGCUCCGAUGCCAGGAAGAGACCCUACUCCUCCUUCAGCAACGGCAAAGACCACCGAGAGCGAGAGAGAGACCAGUACAGAGAGAGAGGAGAGCGACAGGACAGCAGGUGCUUUUAACUAUAGCAGCGUUCACAAAUGCAGCUUUCUUCAUUUUUUUGAAUGGGGUGAUUUGCAUGAAGCACAUGACAUGCAGGGAAAAAGACAGGAUAUCAUGGCCACAAACUAAUUUGUUCCCUCAUUUGAGGUAAAUUGUGACCAUGUUGUGCUAAUUCGUUCCCUUGUUUAAGUUAAAUCUUUGCUAUAAACAAGGGAAAAAUUAUUAAAACCUGACCACGAUUUAACUACAAGGAAACAAAGUUGUGAGA